CAACAGGAUGAGAACCCUACUUCACCCUGGCCCCUCACACUGGCUUUGGCAUUCGGUGCCCAACUACAACCCCACGCGGCCGCGCUGAGCGCAUUCCGGGUUCAGCGAGCCAAAGAUCCAGGCGCGGGCCGGGUCUCUGGCGUCCACUAGGGACCGUGCUGGAAGCUCUCGCGGGCGACAGAGCAGGAAACGGCCCCAAGUCAGGCGGGGAGCGGGAGAGGGCACCGGGAGCCGCAGGUCGGGGCGUCACCUGUGGGCCGCGGCGCAGCUCAAGCAGGAUCCCGAGGACACCGGAUCGCACUGCGGGGCCCGGACCGCGGACGGGGAGGACCCGCGGAAGCCCUCAGACCCCAAACCCUGAGUGCCCCAAGUCCUAGUAAACUCGGGAGCCUCGGGCAGCACAGCCUCAGGUCCUCACCCUGCUGGAUGGCUCCGCUGAACACCCCGCUUCCCUGUCCCCAGAGGACCCAUGGCGCAGGCUCGACCCCUGAAUUCGUCCUGCACGUCCUGGCCCGGCUGCUGCUGCUGUGGGAAGCUCUCUGGGCGGCCUGCAAUGGCACCCUCUCUCUUUGCUAUGAAUUCAUCAUCUAUCCUAAAACCCCAAUUAGAAAGCAAUGGUGCACAAUCCCAGGUCUGCUGGAUCAGAAGAAUUUUCUUUACUAUGACUGCGAUAGUGCCAAAGCCAAAUCUACGGAUGUCCUUGGAGGGAAGGUUAAUAGCACCAAGACCUGGGAAGACAAAUCAGAAACACUGCAGGAUUUGAGCAACACAUUCAAAUGGGAGCUGCUUGAUCUUAAACUAGAGAACUGUACAUCAACAGCUGCCCUCUUGCUCCCAUCAUGACCUAUCACCAGAAAGCUGUUGGACACUUCAGCGGGUUCUGGGAGUUGGGCUUCAAGAGACAGACUUUGCUCUGUGUAAACUUGAACUAAAAAAGUGGGCAGAGGUCCCUCCUGGAUGGACGUGCAUGAAAGAGAAAUGGAAAACAACAGGCAGCUGCGCCUCUUCUUACACCAGACAUCAGUGGAUGACUGCGAGAGUUGGUGGAAUGCGGUCUUGGAGCAGUGGAAGGAAACUCUGGAGACCAGAGGUAACUGGGAAGAGG